CAUGACGUAAUGCUGGAUCAACAGUAUCUGGUCUGAGAUUAUAAGGCUUUACACUUUGGAUUUGAUUGUCUACCUUUUGCUUUUCUUUCCAGCUGUAGUCUGUGGCCAAGCCCCACUGAAUUCACAUAUUCUGAGAGGAAGCAAAUUGGCGACAGCUGGUGUUUGGCCAUGGAUGGCGAGCCUACGGAACAAUGGAAGUCAUGCGUGUGGUGGGACUCUGGUGGCUUUGGACUUUGUUUUGAGCAGCGCCAACUGCUUCUCAAGUUCACCCAUACCGUCUGAAUGGACUGUUGUUUUGGGUCGUUUGAAUCAGAAUGGAUCCAACCUCUUUGAGGUGACAUUAAAUGUGACAAAUGUCACUCUGAGCCACUUCACUGGGUCUAAUGUAGCAGUGCUGCGUCUGGCAACCAGACCCACCCUGUUCAACUACAUCCAGCCCAUCUGCCUGGACAACGGACAAACCUUCACUGUGGGCUCGACGUGCUGGGCUGCUGGCUGGAGCGCCGGGCAAGGAGGGGUGGAACAAGUUCUGCAGGAGGUCCAGACCUCGGUGGUAAACUGUGGAAACGCAUCAACAAGUGACAGCAUUUGUACGAGCUCUUUCACACUGGGGCAGGGUGAUGCUGGCGGUCCAGUGAUGUGUAAGCAGGGCGGCUCUUGGUUCCAGGCAGCAGUGUUGUCAGUUGAAAACAACAGCACCAGUCAAACACAAGCAGAUCCAGUGAUGGUCUUCACCAAACUCAGCCGCUUUCAGACCUUCCUGGCUCAGACAGUGGGGACGUUCUUAUCUCCAGCCUCCAACACCAGCAGCACCACAGCUGCCACCAGUACUCUCACCACCAGCAGCACAACUGCCACCAAUACACCUACUACCAGUGGGGGCGCUCCUGCUCACUCCCCCUUCUUCAUCUUCCAUCUCCUCAUCUUCUCUGUGUGUCUCCACCUCUUCUUAUAGAUGCAACAAGCACAAAGUAAUGUCAACAAGCUUGAAUUUAAGAGACCCUGUAGGCUUAAAGCUGCAUUAACUAAUCUAUGACUUGAUUCUGACUCUGUUGGUGACCACUGGAGAUCAAAACAUGGAUUAUGGACGCUAACUAAUUUUAGUUAGUUAACUCUUGUGCUUUUUCUUUACUUUUUAAAUAAAUGCUUGUGUAUAUGU